CCACAAGCAGCAUUCUUAUGCAAACGCUCACUGAGAAGCAGAACUCCUCUUAGCAAACAGACCAGGCUGUUAAGGUGAUACACCCGUGGAUUUUCUCAUUGAGGGACACAGUUUUUCUGCCUGUAUCAAAAUAUUGGAAAGCUUUGAGGAAUCCAGGAUGGCAAGGCAGAUGUGAAGUCACUCAUGGCGAAAUUUAACACAGGUAACAGCCCCACAGAGGAUGUUUCUGGUAACAGUCGACCCUUCAAAGGCCCAGGACAACCUAUCCAUAUGGGAUUACAGACGAGGAAAGCGGCACUUGAGAAAUUUGCAAAUCAAGGGAACACAAGUUCUCCUUCAGGACCCACUCCCUUUCACAAACCUGUUCAUCCUAAGCCUCCUCUGGGGGUCAAGCCUUCAACUGAUGAUAAAACAGAAAAGGAUCCAAAGCCUCCAUAUUUGAAACCAGUGGCACAAAGAUUUGGGGUUCAGCUUCAGGCAACUAACAGAGAAAAUGAUGGAAAAGCUGGAAUCACUAAACUGUCCACCAAAACCAGUGACCUGGCAAAAGAAGAACCAAAGCCUCUGUAUCCAAAAUCUGCUGUGAACAAGUUCCUUAACUCUGUUCCUCAUGAGAACGAAAAAAAUCCUCUGGGAACAAAAACAAAUUCAAAUUUGGCACCACAGGAGAGUGAGGCAAAACCGGCAUUUUCAAAAGUAGCUGGAGUUAAGGAAAAGUUCAUGUCUGCAACGCAAGAAAAUGAGCCCAAGCCUCCUUUCUCUAAACCACCUCUUGCACAGAAGCCUUCCGUAACCCAUGAGAUUUCCCACAAUGAAGACACUUCUAAUAAAAACGUUUUUCUGCAAAAGGGACUAUCAGGCCCUAAAACAAAUAUACACUCAUUUAAAGCAGCAAAGGAAAUGGAUGAAAAUAGUAGCUGCGCUACAGAAGCUGCAGGCAGUCAUUUUUCUAACAUGGUUCUUAAGCCUACUGGCCACUGGUCCAGCUCACCUCAAGGCACCCCAAAAACUGUGGAGGAAAAGACUGAAGAAAAGGGAAUGAGUGCUGCCAAGAACAUCUUCCUCAACAAAAUAAUCCAGGAAGAAUCAGGUUCUUCAACUAAGUUCCAUAAGACAAACACAGUGCUUGCUGCAGGAAGGCCAUCAGGUGGAUCACAAGAGAAAGAGGAUGGGGACAGGAACUCAGGAACCCCCAAGCGGAAAACCUUGCCCCCGCUGUUCAAGCUGGGCCAGCCCCCGCAGAAGCCCAGCAGACCCCCCAGCGUGGACCUGGAAAGGUUCCGGAAGGGCAGCCCAAAAGACAGCAAUAAAAAUGAAGGUUUGAAACAGAUGGCACCUUCCUCAGCAGCACUCUCCCCACCUGUACCUCAACCACACUCUGCUAUGCAGUUGCCACCUCCUCCACCAGCUUCUCACCCCUCUCUGCAGCCCCCAGCAGCUCCCAGCCUACCUCCCAGAAACAUCAAGCCCAGCUCUGAAACCAUAAGUCCAGACCAUGAAGAAAAUUAUGAUGAUGUUGAAUUUGUUUCACAGGGUCAUGGAAAUACAGAGGGGGGCCAAGAAAGUGAUGGAGAAAUGUAUGAAGAUAUAAAUGAUAUCAGAUCAUCAAGGGGAAAAGAGAAGAAGCGGGACAAGGAAGAAAAGAGAAGAAUGGACCAAGAGAAGAAAGAACAAAAGGAAAAAGAGAAGAAAGAGCAGGAAAUAAGGAAGAAGUUCAAGUUAAUGGGACCCAUCCAAGUCCUUCAUCAAGCACGAGCUUGUGUUGACCACAAGGGAGGGAAGAAUGAGCUUACUGUCAAACAGGGGGAUGAGAUUGAAAUCAUACGCCUCACAGACAAUCCAGAAGGAAAGUGGCUGGGCAGGAUAAAAGGAUGUUAUGGAUACAUUAAAACAACUAUUGUGGAGAUUGAUUAUGAUUCUUUAAGAAGAAAACAACAACCAUCUACCAGACCUACUGUGAAAAAUCUAGAGAGUGACCAAGAAGUGUAUGAUGAUGUUGGAGAGCAGGACAGCAUUAGCAGUCAGAGUGGUGGUCAAAGUGGAGAUGGAAAGAUGUUCCCACCACCUCCUUCUGAUCAAGAAAUUUAUGAUGGGAUUGAUGAUGAAGAUGCUGCAACUAGGUCUGUAUCACAGGAUGAAGAUAAGAAUGGUAUCUGGUCCUGGGGAAUCUUGAAGAGGCUAAAGGUCAAAGAUGACAAAAAGAAAAGUGUACGAGAAAAAACAACCAAAGUCAAUGGGGCAGAAGAUAAUGGAGAUUUGUUCAUGUCUCCUUCAACAAAGCAGUUUGGAAAAGAUUAUGGAGACAAUGAUGUCUAUGAUGAUGUAGAUUCUUCAGAUUUCCCUCCUCCACCAUCUGACCUCAAGCAAGUGAAAAUGGGAAUUACCCCCCUGAUUAGAAAUCUUUCAUCAAAAUCAGCAAGCCUUGGAAAACAUAAACCGGAUGAAAAAGAUGUACAAAAGCUUAAGAAGAGGGAAAAAGAAGAGAAAGAGUUCAGGAAAAAGUUCAAAUUUGAAGGUGAAAUUAAAGUUCUUUACUCUACCACCACCGUCCAGGAUUUGCCCCAGAAAAGAUGGGGACCUAAAGACUUACAGGUUAAACCAGGGGAGACUCUUGAAAUUAUAGAAAGUACAGAUGAUACCAAGGUCCUGUGCAGGAAUGAAGACGGAAGAUAUGGCUACGUUCUGAGAAGCAAUUUAGUUGAGAAUGAUGGAGAGAUUUAUGAUGAUAUUGGUGAUGAUUGCAUCUAUGAUAAUGACUGAUGUAGAAUUCUAUGCAAAUAAGAGCUUCAUGGAAGAUCAAAAUCUAUUUCAGACUUCCUAAUUAAUUGUGAAAGCAAGAGAAGUCACUAAAGCUGAUUACAAGUUAAUCAGUUACACUCUUCUAAAUGUAUAAUUAACCUUUUUUAGGAUUUCAGGGUUUUGUCAUCCAUUGAUUUGUACAACUUUCAUAUUGUCAUUUAUCUGAACAACUAAAAUUCAGCGAAUAUGAACUGAGGUUAAGGUUACAAUUUUCCACAGUGACAGUCCAUGUAAAAAGUUUUUCAAUUAGCUAUACCCAAAGAGGCCAGCUCAGGUUUAUGAAGGAUACAGAGGAAAACAAACCCUGGCAACAGGUUUUGCUCUGGCUCUGGUCUAUGAAACAGCAGAGGCUGCCACUCCGGGGAGGGCAGCAUCCUGAAAAGAAAGGCUUCCUUUGGUGAUAACAUCCUGUUGUGAAAACAGGAAAUCAAAAGUGGGCAUCAGAGAAGACAACAUGUUGCUGACCUGCCAUUCUACCUGCAAUAGCGCUAGCUACACUGACAUGUACAGCCACAUACCAUUAUUGCUGAAGUUUCUUCUACAUUGUACUAAUUAUAGAAUCCCAUUUUCUAAAAUUUAUUUGACCAUUUUCUAAGUACUUUAGACUAAUAGUAAUAGUAAAAUAGUAAGGAUGUUAUAUUACAUAAAGCACUGAGAUAUAAACCAUAGAAGAGUCUACUUCAUAGUAUAGCGUUGCUCAAAAUAUAUUCAGAACAUUUAGGUUAAGAUUUAAUUUCUGUUUAGUUUGAAAGUAUGUUGUUAUUGUCACUAUAGUAAUUUAGGCAUUAAAAUGCACCUAUAAACUUACAAUAAACUGGUUGGAAAUAACUUCUAGAUUAAAUACAUAUUUGUAUUCAUCACACUAUUUUGAUAAUAUCUUUUUCUUCUAAGUACUAUAUUAUGCACUAGUCUUGGCUAAAUAACAGUAUAGAAAUUAAACAUUUCCAUGCUUAUCCAUUGUAGAAACAUUUAUUCCUAAAGAUCAUUGGUGAUGCUGUCAUCUGAAUGAGCAAGUAGCAAAUGAAAGUAAAAUGAACGGAUUAGUCAUAAUAAUAAAUAUCACUUUGCACUUAUAUAUCAGAAUUCACUGGAAAUCAAAAGUUGUUCACAUUGAACUCCCAAUAAAGCGGGUAAGCAUGUGCAGAAAAUAGAACAUGUAUUUGUAAUGUGUGAUGCUUUUGCUGUAGUGCAAGAUAAUCAAAAACCUGUAACAACCAAUGUGGCUGGAUCAGUGCAAGGAACUCCCCUUGAUCAUCAAGUCUUCUGUAAUCCUCAAGGGAAGUAAGGUACACUGUGCAAACCAGUGCAAUGUAGCAAGCUAGCCGGUUUAGCUUAUAAACAUAGAAAAUUUGGCUCUGUUGAAGUCAGUAAGUUUUGGUCUUACCUUCAAUGGAGCUGAGAUUUGAUCUUACACAAGUGGCUUUUACUGAUAGUUCAAAACACAGUAAGUCUCUGAGGAGGUAUAAUGCUAUGGGGAUAUCAAACAUAAAAUUUACUGUAGAGAUAAUAGCCUAUAAGCUAUUUUAUACUGUAUUUAAAAUCACUGAUAAUACACUGAAAAGCUAUAUGCAAACUUGAGUUUCCUGUUCUGUAUUUUCUAUUCAACCAGCAUCCGGGCAUACAAAUACCAAUUUUAUGUGUAAACGUCAGCACCAGCACCCAAACUUAAAACAUGGCCAUGUAUAUUAAGUACAAUCAAUGUGCCUGGCCAUUUGGCUAUAGCUGCUGGUGGUUUACUUAUUUUUCAGGGGCAUUCAAAUUAGCCUAAUUUGCAUCAAAUUAAUGAUAUGCCAAAGAGCUGAGAGGGGAUACAGACAUUUAGAAAUACACAACCACUUGUCAGUUAACAAUAUGAUAGUUUUAUACUUUACAGUUAAUUAUCUCAAAAAGAGUUUGUGCUGAAUUCUAACAUAUAUGUCCAAUCUCAUCUUAGUUUUGACUGAUAGUAGAACCUCACGUGUUGCAGUAAGACCGACAAAGGAACUUUCCUUUUGAAUAUAGUUUAUCUUGUGUUAAAGGAUUUCAGUAGAACACAAACCUCUUUUGAACCCCUGAAAAAGAAGUGAAUUUUACUAUUUGUAAGAUCUUUUGGUCAUGUAUUUAAAAUAGCUUUUCCAUGUUCUUAGCCUUGAUGUGUUGUAGGUACUGUGUUUCCUUACUGAUUAUACUGACUGAAUUGGUCUUAUGAUACAUUAAAUCAUCAAAAGAAAUAAUCAUAAGAUACUUUAAGCUAAAACUCUGUGCAUUGUUUGCACAGGUCAAAUAUAAUGUGAUUGUUACAGGGUGUUGAAAUGUAUUUAUAAGGUACUACUCUGAAAAAUUGCUGGUAUUGUGUAUCUUUUAAUUAUUUUACCAAUGUCAUUCACUGGAUGCAUUUUUUCUUUCUUCUGAAUAAAAGCAUGCUUUCUGACAAGAAAUGUGGGUACACCAUCUUCUGCCAAACUAGAACAACAGUAGCUGAAAAAUAACUUCUGAAAAUUAUCACUGAGCGGCUGACAGAGUGAAAACCAACUUUAUUAUUGCUGCAAAUGCAGCACAGCUACAAUGUGGCAUUUGUUUGUCAGUAAUUACUAUCCAGAGAGUGAGAUGUAAGCAGAAAAUCUAGAUGGGAAAAUCUAUAGUUUAAUAAAGACUGUA